GAUACACGAACACACACUCAGUACUGAAUACUGAUAUCCCCACUCUCUUAUAUCAUCUCUGUUAAUGCGAACGUGUUUGUUUUGGUUUUCGCUGAUUGUUUUGCAGAGAACCAAUUCUUCUCUCCUUUGCCUCUGAUUUUUGUUUUGCGUUUUAUGUGCAAUUGAUUUCCUUUUUCUCGUAAAUUUCGUUUGUGAAACGGGCCGCGGUGCAGUAGCUGUGGGUUUUGUGAUGAUGGAUAUUACUUUUAGGGUUUCUGAUUGGUGCGAUUUGGGGGUUUCUUGUGUGAAAUAUGGGAUUUUUCGAAUUUUUGGAUUCGAAAUUGUUUUGAAGCUUUACUUGUUGUUGGGUUGUGUUUUAAAUUUUGUCUGGGAUGCGAAAUGAAUUUGGGGAUUUUCUUUUACGUGAUUUUGGGAUUGAAUUCGGAAGCAAAGCUGAACUUUUUAGUGCUUUGAUUAUUAGAAUAUCAUGUUUAAGAAACUGUUAAUUGCUAUUACUCUACUGCUCAUUUGCUACAUUGCUGCAGAAUGCAUAUUUGCUAGUGAAGGGAGGAAACUUCGUUAAUGUGGAAAAUCUCAUUUAAAAAUCACGGCUUUUGAUUAUCAAUAUGUUUGUUGGGGGAUUCAGAUGUGUCUUUUCGAGUCUAAAAUAAAUGGUGAUCGUGAGUUAAAAGAAGUUCCUAUUUCAACUGCAAUAUCGGACUUUCAAAUUUCACAAUUUUCGCACUCCCCUAGAUGGUAAAUCUAGAUUAUGUUCAUCUCUGUGCAGAAGUUCGAAAAAUAUCCGAGACACCCUUAGUUCUAUGAAUUAUUUGUUAAUGAAAAAUAUAAUGUGUUUAGGAAGCCGUUUACAUUUGAAAUUCAACACAGCCUUUCAUGCAAAUGCAGCUAGUAGUGCAGUUUGUUUAAUGAUUAAAGCUAAUGAUAUGACUUUCUGCAUAUAGCGUGUUUGACAUAGUGGCAGCGUUUGCGUAUAAAUUUUUUAAUGCCCUUCCUUCUUAUAUUCUGCCUUUGAUCUGAUGUCGCAUAGGCUGGAAAUAUAUUCCCGAGACGAAAUUAAAUUAGUAUUACCACUUGUGCUUUGGUCUGCAUUGGAGAGCUUAUUGAGGAAGGGUAAGUGGUAAACAAGAUUAAAUGAAGCGAAGACGUGGAAACAAGAAGGGAAAAGCAAAGAAGCCAAAGUUGGCUCCCACAAACGAAGUGCCAUCAAAUGUUAUUAGCGUAAAUACAGAGGAUAACUCUGGUUUGGACGAGUUUGACAAUGAAGAGAUGGACUCGGGAAUGAAUGCCGAGACUGAGAAAACACCAUCACCUCCAAAACCUAAUCAACCAGAAAUACCUGCUAAUCCUGAUCCUGUUUCACGACCGAUUACUAAUGCAUUCGGGAAAGCAGUAUAUACACGUGUAAAAGUGAAGAUCAAGACUUCUAAAAAUUUGGAACCUCAACGCACUUCCUCAGAAGCUCCUAGUCAAAGCGAUACUGAUAAGGUGGGUUCCGAAAAACAGGGAGGUCCUAGUGAGAAAAUGGAGGACAGUGGCAACUCUCUGUCCGAGGCUGAUGGAGGUGUAUCCGGGAAUACAUCGCAAAAGUCUUUGGGUAUAAAGAUUAAAACAUCUAGGGGAUUAGGUUCUUCGAGUAUGAGCCCGUGUAGUAAUACUGAACUGGUCAAGGGAGAUAGGAUCGAGAAGAAAGACAUUCAACCGCUUCCUCAGGAGUCAAGGUACAAUGAGCAAGAGCUGAAAACUGCAUUGGAGGUGAUAAGAAAGGUUAUGAAAAUGGAUGCAGCUGAACCCUUCAAUGCCCCUGUAAAUCCUGUUGCUCUUGGAAUUCCGGACUAUUUUGAUGUCAUCGAUACGCCUAUGGAUUUUGGUACUAUCUGCAGUAACCUUGAAAAGGGUGUAAAGUACAAGAAUGCAGAGGAUGUUUUCAAAGAUGUGCAAUAUAUAUGGGAGAACUGUUACAAGUACAAUAACAAAGGGGAUUAUAUUGUGGAGCUGAUGAAACGGGUCAAGAAAAACUUGAUCAAGUAUUGGACAGCUGUUGGUUUAUUUGGCGAUCAGCCUCAGGAGAGUAAUGGUAUUUCUUGCUCUACAGGUCUUGAAAGCAAUCCAGUAAAGGAUCUUACUCCUCCAAGUGAUGGGAAUACACCAGUGAGUGAUGCUGCUUUGACCCUUUCGAACAAAAAGUUCCACGGGCUAAAGAAGCACAAGGAAGGCUGCCAGUGUGCUAUAUGUGUAAUGAUGCGACGCAGGCAAGAGCGAGAAGAGAUUGCUCGUUUGAUGGGAGGACCAGUUGAAGGGAGUGAUGACUCUCUUGGUGAAGAUAUUAAACCAGAUGGGAUGUCUCGUGGAGAAAGCCCUUUUGGAGACUACGCUUCGUCGAAUAUAGAGAACUCCCCAGACAGAGGAGAUGCGGAAAUGGAUAGGAAAGGCCACGAGGCGAAAUUAGGACAUGUCAGAAGCUUCUACACACAGCAGAACGAGGGUGACAUCACCACCCCUGUUGCAGGAAAACGAGAGGGUUCUCAAGAUUUGCAGUUGAUUCAUAAUAGAUCUGGAGAUGACGCCGUUGUGCAUUUUCAGACACCACAAAUGAUUGGGCCAGGUGGCAGCACCGUAUCGAACGAGGCUCGGAAAGAAACUCCGAACCACAACGGUGAAGAAAACACCACCCCAUGUGACCAACACAAGCCCAAGGAGUUUUUGAAUAAGAAGCAGAGAGCAAAAAUGAUGGAGAAUCUUCAUUAUCUGGAAAAUCCGAUGCUGUUAGAGUUAUAUGGGACCCUCUUUGCAGACAAUUCCAAGUCUUUGUGGAACGGGCCUCAUUCAUUGGUUGGUCAAAGUCAAUGCUCUAAUCGCAGGAGUUCGUUUCAUUCAGCUAUUACUUCGUUUAUGAAGUGAUAUAUUUGUAUUGAGAGCAGUUGUAGGUUAAAGAGACAUAGAAAUAACGAUUCGGCUAUUUGUUAGCACUAACUUCAAAAAUGAUGUUCUGUUGUAAUGAUGGAAUUGUGAGUGUGGGCUUACAUCUCAUAAGAUCUGCAUUCAUAAAACUUGCAAGAACCGGCCCGAUUCCAUUGUAGGACACAUUUUUUUUAUUUUUUUUUUAAUAUUCAAUUAGUUAAACGUUUAUCGGAG